AUGGUGGAAAGGCUUGUGGACCAACAGAAGCUCGUUUUCCUCUGUGUCGCUAUCCAAAAGUACUACAAGUCGGUCAAUGCCUCGACACAGGUCCUACCGGCUCGUCUAACCUCCAUCGAGGAGAUUUUCUCGCUGGCUGGCGUGGAUCAUCUUACCAUCGCCCCACACUUGCUGGUCCAACUAAACCAGCCUGUGUCUGGCGAGCUGGUCUCGCUGUUUGAUGUGGCACCUACGGAACCUGUCCCGGAGCCGGGUGUCUCGUACUUGCAUGACCGCGGGGCGUAUCAGAUCAUCUUUGCUCGGGAUCGGGGCGGAGCUAGUAAAAUCAAGCUGACUGAGGACAAGCUGGAGCAGAUCAUGAAGGCUUGA